CUCAGCCGCCUCAGCCGCCGCCUCAGCUUCGCCCUCCGCCCCUCGCCUCCCACCGCGCCUCCCGGUCCCGCCGCCCCGCGCGCCCCCAGCCCCUCAAACCAGAUGAUGAACUUCCUGAGGCGCCGGCUGUCGGACAGCAGCUUCAUCGCCAACCUGCCCAAUGGCUACAUGACCGACCUGCAGCGGCCCGAGCCCCAGCAGCCCCCUCCGCCACCCUCAGGGGCGGCUUCGGCCUCGUCGGCGACCCCGGCCGCCUCGCCGGGCCCCGAGCGGAGGCCGCAGCCCGCCCAAGCGCCCGCGCCGCAGCCCGCGCCGCAGCCCGCGGCGGCGCCGUCGGUGGGCAGCAGCUUCUUCAGCUCGCUGUCCCAAGCCGUGAAGCAGACGGCCGCCUCGGCGGGCCUGGUGGACGCGCCCGCGCCCGCGCCCGCCGCCGCCAGGAAGGCCAAGGUGCUGCUGGUCGUCGACGAGCCGCACACCGACUGGGCCAAGUGCUUUCGGGGCAAAAAAGUCCUUGGGGAUUAUGAUAUCAAGGUGGAACAGGCGGAAUUUUCAGAGCUCAACUUGGUGGCUCAUGCAGAUGGGACCUACGCUGUGGAUAUGCAGGUGCUGAGGAAUGGCACGAAGGUUGUUCGGUCCUUCCGGCCAGACUUUGUGCUCAUCCGGCAGCAUGCGUUUGGCAUGGCAGAGAACGAGGACUUCCGCCACUUGAUCAUUGGCAUGCAGUAUGCAGGCCUCCCCAGCAUCAAUUCUCUGGAAUCCAUUUACAACUUCUGUGACAAGCCAUGGGUGUUUGCCCAGAUGGUGGCCAUCUACAAGACACUUGGAGGAGACAAGUUCCCACUCAUUGAGCAAACAUACUACCCCAACCACAAAGAGAUGCUGACACUGCCCACAUUCCCCGUGGUGGUGAAGAUUGGCCAUGCUCACUCCGGUAUGGGCAAGGUCAAAGUGGAAAACCACUACGACUUCCAGGACAUUGCUAGUGUGGUGGCCCUCACUCAGACCUACGCCACAGCAGAGCCCUUCAUUGACGCCAAGUAUGACAUCCGAGUCCAGAAGAUUGGCGGCAAUUACAAGGCUUACAUGAGGACAUCAAUUUCGGGGAACUGGAAGACGAACACUGGCUCUGCAAUGCUGGAGCAGAUCGCCAUGUCAGACAGGUACAAACUAUGGGUGGACACUUGCUCUGAGAUGUUUGGUGGCCUAGACAUCUGUGCUGUCAAAGCUGUACAUGGCAAAGAUGGGAAAGACUACAUUUUUGAGGUCAUGGACUGCAGCAUGCCGCUGAUUGGCGAACACCAGGUGGAGGACAGACAGCUCAUCACUGAACUAGUCAUCAGCAAGAUGAACCAGCUGCUGUCGAGGACUCCUGUCCUGUCUCCUCAGAGGCCCUUAACCACCCAGCAGCCACAGAGUGGAACCCUUAAGGAUCCGGAUUCGAGCAAGACCCCACCUCAGCGGCCUCCCCCGCAAGGGGGCCCUGGGCAACCCCAAGGAACGCAGCCCCCAGGCAGAGUGCUGCCACCACGCCGGCUCCCCCCUGGACCAUCACUGCCACCUUCCUCUUCCUCCUCCUCUUCCUCCUCCUCGGCUCCUCAGCGGCUGGGCGGCCCCACCGCCACCCACGGAGAUGCACCCUCCAGCAGCAACUCCCUGGCAGAGGCCCAGCCACCCCCGGCCGCUCCUCCGCAGAAGCCCCAGCCUCACCCACAGCUCAACAAGUCGCAGUCCCUGACAAAUGCCUUCAGCUUCUCUGAGUCCUCCUUCUUCCGGUCUUCAACCAGUGAGGACGAAGCCCAAGCGGAGACCAUCCGGAGCUUGAGGAAGUCCUUUGCCAGCCUCUUUUCAGAUUAGCUCUGCAGACACAUGGGGGCACCCGACCCAGCCAGGAAAGGCACCCAGACAUUCACCAACAACUGUCAGCCAUGCUUGGUGGCCGUUUCCCCUGACUUUGACGUGUGUGGCCCCCUUCCUCUGCUCCGUCGUGCUCAGUGAUGUUGUGCAGCCCAGAAAGGACCAUGUGACAGACUCAGGGCAGGUGUCUACCCAGAGAGGAAAGAGCUGCUCCCCUGUAGUCAUGAGAGCUUCCUUCUGUAGUUGUCACUGUGCGUUUAGUGGCCUUAUUGUGACAGCGCCAUUGUGUCUUCUUUCCGUGAAGCCAGAUUCACUCUGAGGACUCCUGACAGCUUCCCCAGCUCCUAGGCAGUUCGAAGCAUGCCCCUUCGUAGCCAGUGCCACCUGUGUGGGAAGUGUGAGCUUACCUAGAUGUCCCAUUGGCUCUGUGUUUUAAGAACCUUCCCGAUUCCUUGUCACACCUGUUCAAAGCACACUCGCCCAACCCCCCACGAUCCUUAAGCUGCUGUGGUGGCAAAGCACCUUAAGUCUGUGACAUUCCGGAAAACUAGGUCUGCAGUGUCCUCUCUGGAGACUGUUUCUUUCGUAGGAGUGCAGUGACCUUGAACUCCUAAGCUACACCGUAGAGGAGAAUGCAUGCCACUAUUAACAGCAGUCUGCCCAGUUUUGUGUUCCUCACCUAAUAAAUGUCAGACCUUUGGUGUAAUAAAAGCAGCAACGUUCACCAG